AUGACCUCUUUAAACCAUUAUUAUAACUUGCUGAUACUGCCCAUUCUCUUACUGACGAUGCUACUAAAAGAGCCUUGCAGGACAUUGACUCCAAGCUUGUUAGCCUUGAGUGAGAGUGUUAAGAAAGCUGUCAAGAAUGCUAUUAUCGCUGUUUUCGACAUUUAUCCGCACCUUAAAAAUGACCUAAAUGAUGUUUACAAUUCUCAUGUUACUACCCUUUCUGUGUCUGACAACUCUGCUGACCAGGCUGGUGACACCGCGAAAAUUAGUGAGCUUAAUAAGCAAGUAAAGAAAGAAAUUACUGAAACUGAACAGCGUAUUAAGAGCCUUAAUAACCAUCUUACUUCUUCUCCUUCUUCCCCCUCUUCCUCUGCUGACCCAGCCAAAUUGCACUCCAAGUUGGAGGCUUUGAAGAAAGUGAAGGAACUUUGUGAAAUUUUGACUAAUCUUAAUAAUCAUCCAAAUGAGCCUAAAAAGCUCUUAGAGAAUCUUUGUGACGGUCUCGAGACUUUCCUCGGCUUCGACUCUGACUCCAAAGGCUACGACGGCCAGGGGAUUGUCUACUCUGACUUGGACAGGCUGUGUGACGGGGUGAUGGGAUUUUUGAGUGGAGUGCUUGGUGCGGUGAAGGAGGAUGAAAAUCUCAAAAAAUAUUCAAAAGAACUAGAACAAGCUAUUGAACAACUUAAAAACAAAAACGGAAAAUCCGAGCUCAAUAAUGCUCUGCCUACUGUGACUCAGGGCAUUGCAGAUUAUGUUCGUAUGUUCAAUGAGGACAGUGAGGGGUUUAAAAGAGAGUUAAAUAACCUGAAUAGCAAUCAUAUUAGCAAAUUUAACGGUGUGCUUGAGUCUCUUAAGGGUGCCAGAACAGAUGAAAAGGGGCACGUUGCGAAGCAUUUGAGGAGUUGCGUUAGAGCGGCCGGCAAGCUGUACGCCCAGAUGUCGUCGGUUGAAGAUACAUUUAAACAGCUUGAUGACAGCCUUCAGAAUAAGUUGAAAGAUGAUUAUUACAGCAUUAAACUCGGCAUCGAGGAAUUCGCUGCCGCAUCCAAUAACUCUGAGCUCUACGAUGUGUUGACUUUGACAGAGGAUAAAUUUGACGAGCUGAAAAAGCGGAUUGCAGAAACUGCAGUAAAAGCUAACUUCAAAGUCAAGCAUGCUAUGGAGCAUUGUAAUGCUCGCAUUUUUUCUGAGAUUGGAAAGGUUGAAGGAAAAUUACAAGAAGCACAGAUGGCUCUCAAAAAUUGGAUCGAGCUGGCCGAGCACGUGUUGACUGAAGCCAUCAGAGUUGCUGAGAAAGUUCACAAAGAUCUGAAUGCUGAACCGAAUGAUGACGGAAGGAAGAGCACCCUUGCUCAUCUAAUGGACGAAAUUAACACAGCGAAUGAAGCACUGAAAAAAGCCAACGGAGUACUUGGCAGUCAUCUAGUAGGCUUGGAGGGAUGUAUUGACGAUGUGGAUAAAUACCGUAAAGAAGCUGAGAAGAAGGCAAUGGCUGCAUUAGAAAUGGUGAAUGGAGGGAACAAUAAACUGAAGGAUGAUAUUAGUACAACUGUCAAUAAUUUAAAGUCGAAAACUGAUUGGCUAAAGGACAAGUAUGAAACUGCAAAACACAAAAUUGGAGAGGCCAAGGUAGCCGCAGCCGCAACGCUACAGGAAUUGGACACUAAAAUCCAACAAGAUCUAAAUACUUUGAAGCUGAAUAUUGUUGGAGAGAUGACGAGUCACGUUAAGACCAAGAUUUUAAGCAAAAUACAACAGGAUAUAACAAUUCUCGUCGAGGGAAAGAGCGGAAAUGGUCUAAAACAGAUUAUGGAGGACGUGAAUAAAUAUGUUAAGAAGUUCCAAAACAAAGACACAUUUGGUCGAGAUGUCAUGCAGAUGUGGAUUGCCGAUGUUUUGCAGAAUAAUGGUACGGUGAAUAAGCGACUUCAGAGGUAUGUGGAAGGUAAGUCAGCUAGAUUAACUGGUAAAUUCAGCAUACCGGAAAACUUGAGUGCUGCAAUUAGAAGUAAGAUUAUAGAGAAGUUUGUGAAUGAUGUAUACGAUCAAGUUACAAAGCGUAACCCUAUAAAGGUCACCGGAGAUGCAAAACAUGAUUUGGAACAAAUGCAGCAAUUUUUGAAUGUGUAUGCAGCGGAACUUCAUAAGACCAUCAAUGAUGAUAAAAUUAGUAACAUCUACAUUGCAAUAAAAGAUGAUCCGAAUUGGGUGACAUCUCGCAUCGCCGACGACAAUAAGGAUCUCAGACACUCGAUCCAUCCCAUCCUGUCCGAACUGAUUGAGAAAUGUAGGAGGACUUCCAUUGAGCUGAAUUUGUUGAUCGGAGACAGCGUCGGCGGGCCGAACAUAAAUAAUGUCAAAAGCGCACUAGAAAUUGCUACUGAGCUUACCAGUAGACUCGUGAAAGGUAUUGGUGAUAACUCCGACGGCGGUGAGUUUGCGGAUCAAGUUAAUGCAAUUGAUGGGAAAGUUGAAGUCCAGUUUAAGGGGGCUAAUAAAACGCCCGCUAACGUUGCAGUGCUAAUGAAAAAUUACACAGGCGAACCACGAAUUGGAGCCACUGACGGUGGAGGUAAAAAGAAACUUGAAAAACAGAUACAAGAGAUCGACAAAGAUAUGGAUGUUCUCAAAGUAAUCGAUUAUAGAAAAUACGGCAGGGGAACCGACAUCAAUGGUGAAAUUACCAAGCUACACGGCGCCAUCACCGAUGCCCUGGACAAUUUCACGGACACACUCAAACGGUUGCUGAUAACUGACGAACUAGGCACUAGUCAAGGAAGCCUAGGCGUCAUGAAUGUAUUGAAAGCUAUGGUUAUUAAGAUCGGAAAAGAUAUUAAUGGUGAGGAACGAAGCCUAAGUGCUAUUAAAGGAAAAAUCAGUAGUCUGCAAAAAGGCGAGCUUCAAUGCCAAUCCGAUGCAAUUAGUAAAGUUAUGGAAUGCCUCAAAGUUGAAUUAGGUGAAAUUAAAACCAAAUUGCGAGGUCACAAAAAUGGAAAUGAUGGCGUUAUUAACAGAUUGGCAGAUUUGAAAGACAGUGGUAUUUUUGGUAAUCAGGAGACGUGGGCAAUCGAUGGUAAGAAAGCCCAGAUCCUCACUAUCAUCCAUAAAUGUUUUCUAAAUCUGGAGAAAGCAGACAUGAUGAGAUUGAAGAAAGAAGUUAACAGAAUACUAAUUGAAACCGAGCAAGAGGCUACGGAGUAUAUUGAAGGUGUCCAAUCAAUGUUCGAAAAGCAUAUUAAUAAUCACGAAGAAUCAAUUAGAGAAACUGCAAAAAAGCGGUAUCACGCAAAACUUAAAGGUCUCCAUGAUACUUUGAAAUCCACAUUCGCCACCCACAACCAAAAAAUCAUCGCCGCAGUUCAAACCGACCAAGACUCCGGAAUCAAGAAGUUGAUGAAGACGCUCAAUGUUAAUAUAAGCCAGAUUAAGACAUUAUCGAGUCAGAAUGAUCUACCAUCAAUGUCCCUCAACUCCAACAAGUUCUUCACCCCGCUCAUGGACUACAUCAAAGGCCAAGUCGCCGGCGACAGCGCACUCAAAAGCGACGUCAGGUCCAUCUCCCUCCUUUCCCAUACGCUCCUCGACGACCUCUACGCUUCGAAGCAAUUCGACGACACCUUCAGCAAAAACUUAGAAAACCUGACGACCAAAGUAACGACAUUCGCACCUAAGCAAUUUCAGAACACCCACCAUCCCGAGUUGGGAGACAUAUUGAAACGUGGAAUGAACGGUUUUGUUACGGAGUUGCAGAAGCAGUACAUAUCGCGGUAUUCGAUGGAAACGUUCGAAGACAAGUUGAUUACAACUGAUGACAAAAAAGACUCUUUAACCGAGUACGGCCGGAAGUGCUCGAAGGUGUGUCUCAGCAUAGUGCCUAUGGUGACCGACUCACUAAGUGAGCUCAAAGAGAAGCUUGACAACGAAGACGGUAAAUGGAAGAAGUACAAAAUAUAUGACGCUGAUAGUUCCCAUCACAGCCUGCAUCGGCUGUUCUUCACUGAGCAUGGGUACGAUACUGGUCUAGCUGUUAACGCCAAACAUGGAGAGUUGAAUCACCGGACGGAGUGCGAUGGUAGACGUAUUUUUGGUCAUUUAACAACCGGUAUACAUAAGUUGCUUUAUAUUAGUGAUCAGUCACAUAAAGCAUCCGAGUUAACGAACGACGAUUCCGAUGAGCUGAUAAUUCAAGUCGUUGAGGAAAAGUGCGUGUUAUUCGAUCUGUUUGCAUACCUUAAGAAAUACUUCAAGGUAUGCCACUUAAUUCACAUCGACAAACCAAGAACGCCAUGUAAUGUCUACGAAAUGCUGGUGUGGCUGACUGGGUUACCACAUCAUCAGGUUUAUGGCAAAUUGGAGGACCACAUUAGGAAAUGUUGCGUCAAGCCCGAAAAACUCAAGGAUUGGGAAUAUAACAAGCUACAAGACUACGAACUGAAACUAGAGCAGACUUCGAUGAUAACGGCUGAAGUUAUAUUGAAAACAGUUGAGAACGUCUGCACAAAUGCACCUACGCUCCUCACUACGAUCCUCGGCACCGGGGAUGAAUUAACCGUCUAUGCGUCUGACUUCUCCAACAAUGCGCUCAGGUUCACGUACCCAGCGAGCGGCGAAGAUUGCCUGCAUACGUUCUUAGACAUACUCCGCCGGCUGUGGUACGUUCUCAGAUACUUGGAAGGGCAGUGCGGUCACCCGUCAUCAAUCUACGGAUGGCGUGACUGUCAAUAUGGCAAGGCAGUCGACCACUCGAAUUGGCAGUGUGAGGACCACCCAAGAAAGCAACCAAAGUGCCAAGCAAACUGUCAACCGACGUGCAAGGCAGCGUGCCAACCAAACACCCAGGCAAACUGCCAGCCAGCUUCUCCAUUGAUGAGCUACUUCAACGAUUGCCUACCCGGACAUUUGCCUCACAGGUUGGAAUCAAUCGGUUGCAAAUCAGAGUGUAAAACGUGCUCCCCCAAAUCGAAGGGGAUGCCCUGUUUGACGCCACUUGGUUUCAGGGCUUUCUCCGGCUCUACCAAAACCGGUAAAGUGCUUUGCAAAAUACUCGAUGAAUUCCUGAAUUCCGAUGACGUUUCAUGCUUAUUUGCACUGGCGCAGAGUCCACCGGCGACAUUGGCUGAACAUUUCGGCUUUACUUUGUCGCUGGUGAAAGGGUGGUAUGCUGGUUUGACAUCGACAUACAACAACGGAUUCCAAUCAGUGUUUGCAACAUCAAUAGAUAAGCAGUCCAUUAGUCUUUACAAGGAGACCAGUACACUUACUGAUGCUCUUCGUGACGCUUACGGUAGCAGUCAGAGUAGUCAUGAGACUAAAAAGCAUAAUGAACAGCCUGCUAAAGCCGAAGAAGAAAUUAUAAGAGGUGACUUGUCAAGUCUGUCGAUGACUGUAGAAUGUCCCGGUCAGCACUGCGGUCCAUACCUUUCACCUCUCUGCAGCGACACUUAUCGUCACCUCCUCAGGAAAAAUUCCGACACUUACCUCUCCUGGUCGGUGUAUCUCCCGUGGACAUUUUGGGACCUGCUGAACAGCUUAUACAAUUCACUCUGCGCCAUCUCUUGUCAAGAUUGGGGCUGCAAAACGUGUAUGCAGGGCGAUGCCUGCAGACGAGGAAAACACGGUGACUCUCAGUCGGCUUGUAAGUGUCCCUCAUUAGUUGCUUGCAGAGGCGUGUCACCGACACUGUACAGCUAUGGAUUCAGGUUUGGCGUGCCAUGGUUGUUGGGUGAUAAAACGACGAAGAAGACGUGCUUCGACAUUCAAAAACAGUUGCAAAAUGUGCUUCAAUCGCAACAUUUCGAAGAACUGUUUAAGCAAUGUGAUGAAUUCAUUUUCACCAUCAGAGAACCCUUCAUCUGGCUCAACGUCGCCCUCUGGCUCCUCUCCUUCCUCUACCUCCUCCACAUCAUGGUCAUCCGGCUCGAACUGCUCC